AAUGUAUUGUUCUGUUUUAAGCUAAACAACGGGGCAGACAACGCAACACUUUUUGUGUUAACAUUUUACUCAAGUCCCAAGUACCAACUGCAUAUAUUGUUGCUUGUCUGUUUCAACCGCACUUUGAAAUUAUGUCCAAUUAACUUAAACCAAGUUGCAUGCACCCAUGACAUCCUUUCAUUUCGCAGGUUGAUCUCGAAGACACAACAAGGAAACUUUGGGAUGUGUGACGAAACAAGUAGGAGAUACGAUUCAUCCGCGUAGUCUGCACGAAAGGUGUUCCGGCUUGGGGAAAGAGCCAGUGAGAAAGAAAGGAGGUGGAGGUAGAUAAUUUUAAGAAAGAAAGAAAGAAAGAACGGAAGGCAACAAGAUUCAGUGAGGUUUGAGUGGGAAAUUGCGAUCUUAUCGAUGCAUGUGGAACACUUGGAUUUCAGAAUGAGUGUAAGGUUAAAAUGUCCUCUCAUUCAUGUUCACGAGGAAUAUUCAUUCUCCUGGAUUGUUCCUCGUUUUCUGAAAACCUGCCGUUUUUGGUAAUGUUGCCUUUUCAAGCGGGGAGGGGGUGAGAGACCAAACACUCGGAAAACACUGAAGUUACUUUUUUCUACUAACAACCGAGGGACUGGAUUUACCGCGGAGUCGUUCAACAAAGCGCCCGAAGACGAGUUGUAUCAAAAGGACACUUUUCCUUCCUCUUUUUUGGACUCCGCUAGCCGUGAUCAGACGGGUUGUGCUUAGGACAGAGCACAACGACAAAGAUCUCAGGGGAAGCAGCGGGGUCACAUUUUAUAAUUUCAGUUCAAAAACCGAAUUGCUGACGGAAACCAAAGAAACUCCGGACUUAAACUCCCCAUGCAGUGAAGUAUUUUGCAACUGCUGAAGUGUAGCCUCCAAUUUGGAUAGUGACAACAACUUCACAAAUGUGACCGCUAGUCCAACGUGUCUGGACGCACCGUUCAUUUCGAGAGGAAACUAGAGUCCGAAUACAGGCUUCAGACCAAGACCUUGCCAAUCAACGAUUCGGAACUUCAGUUAAUAGUUUGACUUAGUUGCUAUUGGUCUGUCUCAAACGUGUUACAGACAGACUAAUUAUACUUGGGCUACUACCAGGUAUGGGCAGGUGAGGUACUUGUUUUAACAUUGUAGCUGCACUGCGCAAGUCUGCUGCAUGCAUAUGGUACGUUUGCCUCGAACCAUGGCAAAAACACAAUGAUUGUAACCUAAAGGGCAGUUUGUUUUUGUUUUUGUUGUUAUUUGUGCGUCUGAACUUUUAUAAUUGUUACAAUGCCCUAGUCGUGUUAUUUAUAAGGUCUGUGGGGGGUGUUUGUUUGUUUGUUUGUUUACUGCUGUAAAGACAUUUGUUCUGUUGUACAAUCUGAACAUUGCUGGUCCUAGACAUUUCAACUGCUGUAGAUAUAUAAGCCUACUUGAAUCUCUAGCAUGCACACUGUAGAAUAAUUUAUUACAUAGUGGGGUUAUUUUGCAGCUAAGUAACAGGCUAUACCUGUUGAUUUUUUUUUAAACCCCUAAUAUAUUACUGGUGUCUGUAAACCUAUACAAUGGACCGACUUGGCAGCAAGCUGUUGACUAAACUGAAACUGACUGAUUCAGGGAGUGUAAAAUUUCCCAGUUCCAAGAAAAAGAAUGAACUGGCAAACACCAAUAACAACAGUAACCGCAGCAGCAGCAGCAACCCUCCGACUGCUGUGAGCAUCAGCACCACCACAAGCUCCAGUGAUGUGGGCACCCAGACAGGCGGCCCAGCUGGAGGAGGGGGAGGAGGAGGAAGGGCCUCUGGGAGAAUGUGUCCCUCGCCGACGGCCCCCAUGGCGGCCCCUGCUGCUGCUGCUGCGCCCACAGACUGCGGCAGCCAGAAGAGCGAGCUCCACCCUGCUGCCAGCCUGGCACCGCUGCGCCGGCCCUCGCCCCAGCUCCGGCCGCCCAGCUGCUACAUGGUGGAGGGCGUGUCGUUGUCCCUGUGCGAUGCCCGGGCCGGAGGUGGAGGAGGAGGGGGGUGUGAGGUGGGGGUGUCCAUGCGGUGCAGUGACCCCGGGGAGCCCCAGUGCGGCGGUGGCCUGAGUCCCCGCGCCUCCCUCUCCAACCAGCGGCGCUACUCUCUGGAGCUCCAGCAGCUGGUGAGGCGGCAGCAGCUCCUCUCCCAGCCGCCCCCCUCCAUGCCACCCAUGUACCCCUCCCACCCCUCCUGCCCGCGCUCCUCCACCACCUGCGGCACCGAGUCGCCCGGCUACAUGCCCGAGCCGGAGCGCCACAAGCGCUUCUCCCUGCAGGAGGCGCUCUUCUACAAGCGGCUGAGCUCGGGGGGCGAGCUCUGGGACAGCGUGCGGCCUGCCUCCCUGUCGCACCCUCCCCAGCGGGCCCUGGACUGCAGCGGGGGAGGCAUGGGGCUGGGGGGCGGUGGCGGGGGUGGCAUUGGAGGAUGUGGCUUCUUCCCGCCGGGCAGCACGGCCCUCAGCCCCUGCUCCUCCUUCAGCCUGCAGGAGUCCCUGUUGGCCAGCCCCCGCUCCAGCUUCGCCAGCAGCACGGCGAGCGGGGGCGGAGGGGGCGGCGGGGUGAGCCCCAUGGGCAGCCGGUGCAGCAGCAACCGAACCAGUGGCAUCAGCCUGGGCUACGACUCGCGCCACACGCCCUCCUCGGGACCCUUCCAUCCGCAGCAGUUCUCCACUGCGCAGUUGGGUGGAGUCGGGGGCAGCACAAGCGGCGGUGGGCAAUGUUACCCACACCACGGCGGCAGCGGAGGGGGGCGACCCUGCUCCCAGUUCAUCGAGGCCUGGGACUGGGAGGGGGCUGCGGCGGGAGAGAACCGGCACUCCUACCCACCCGCUACCACCGGCAAGUCGCCGGCGGAGGGGUGGACGGACCAUCGGGCAGGCCCCAUGGCGGAGAGCGAGGUCUUGGCGCGGUCCCGGCUCUCGGACCUGCCGGGCGUGAGGUACCAGCAGGAGCUGACCCGGCUGCUCCUGAGAGACGCGGCCCUGGAGGAGGAGGACGUGCUCGGCGGCCUGACCCUCAAGGAGCUCCACAUCUCCAAAGCCACGGCGGCCCCCGGCUCUGGGUCUGGACCUGGGCACGCCACUGCCACCGCCACUGUUACGGCCACCAAUCGCCUGUCCUCGGGAGGACCCUUCAAAGCACACGAGGAGCCUGGAGCUGCCAGAGAGGGCGGUGGGGAGAACAGGCAGGAGUUCUUUGGGCCGUGUGUGAAGUGUGGCAAAGGGGUUUAUGGGGCCGACAACGCCUGCCAGGCUCUGGACAGCCUCUACCACACACGCUGCUUCACCUGCGUCUCUUGUGGUCGCACCCUGCGAAACAAGGAUUUUUACAAUGUCGGUGGCUCAGUCUACUGUAAAGAAGACUACAUGUUCUCUGGCUUCCAAGCGGCUGCUGAAAAGUGCUGUGUAUGUGGCCACCUUAUCCUAGAACAGAUCCUGCAGGCCAUUGGGAACUCUUACCACCCGGGAUGCUUCAGGUGCAUCGUGUGCUCCAAAUCCCUGGACGGGGUUCCCUUCACAGUGGACUACCAAAACAAUGUCUACUGUGUUGCCGACUACAACAGGACAUUUGCUCCUAAAUGUGCUGCCUGUCUACAGCCUAUAUUGCCUGCUGAGGGGAGUGAGGAGAUUCUUCGGGUCGUGUCCAUGAACAAAGACUAUCACUUUGAGUGCUACCACUGUGAGGAAUGUGGGAAGCAGCUCUCUGAUCAGCCCGGUGCCCAGUGCUUCCCCCUGGAAGGCCACCUGCUGUGUCAUGCCUGCCACAUGAUUCGGAUUGCGCGCUGCACAUAGCCUUCCCCUCACCCACAUCAACAUCACCACCACCAGCGCUGCACAUAGUCUUCCCCUCACCCACAUCACAUCACCCAGCCGCAUGGGGACGAGAAGGACCAACCAUUCCACACAGGAGGGAGGGAAGCGCCCAGUCUGUACGGUUCUUGGGGUACGAGUCAUUUCUUACAAACCUGCGUCCUUUCCUCAGUCCUCUGUCCUCUUGUCAGUUUUGUGUUGAGCAUUCAAACUACAAGCAUGAUUACAUCUGGGAAAAGAGAAAUUUAGCCUUGUGGCACAUGAGGAAAUUUGUCUAUGCUGGUUUUGUGUGAUUUUUUUUUUCUCCCCCAGAUAGAUCACAUUUGUAUUUUCAAUGUUAGAUGAAUGUCCGAUAUAACACCAACUUCACCCAAGUCAACGAUGAGGAAAGAGGACAGGGUGUGAGUUUUGAGAAAUGACUUGCAUGCUUUGUCCCAAGGAUCAAGAGUCAACGGGGAGGUGCACUACUGUGUCUCUGUUGCUGUCUAUGGGUCAACAAGUGUUACCGUUUUGACUUGGUAUUAAGAGUCUUCGGUCAGUGUAGAUAACUGUAGGGACGGAGAGAUCAAGAAUGAUGGUAUUUAAAAUGCCAUUUUAUCAGGCAAAGUGUUGUUACUUUCUUCCAUGGUCAGUGCUAUACAGUUACUUUUAUGGCUGACCAUGAAUUCACUGUCUGCUCAGACAAAGAGCAAAAAAAAACAAACCUUCCUGCUGACAUUUCAAGGUCGAAGUUCUGCUUUUUGAACAAAGCCACAGCUAUAUUAUUUGCCGUACAAACUAAGUACUAAAACACACAAACUACUGCGUAUUGUUGUUAUUAUUAUUAUUGUUGUUCUUUUUAUAUGUCUACUGUGUGCUGUAGAAAAGAACAAGGGAUUAUUUGUUUCUUGUGAAGUCUCAUAUUUAAUAUCAGUAGCAAUGGUUUUGCACUUAAAAUGUUUACCUUUUUAAAGAGAUUUAAGAACAUGUACCUGGAAAAAAAGAUGAAACAUUCCUGUAUCUUUUUUAAUUAAUAAAUAUUUUGCGUGGUUUCUGAGAAA